CCUGAGAUUGGUACAUUGGAAAUACACACAGUUUAUAUUGUACUGAUGAUCUUUAUAAAUCUUGUGCAGUUUGGUUGCAGCCAGGGGCGGACUGACAAUUUGGAAACUCAGGCACUGCCCGAGGGCCCGGGGUCAGUAGGGGGCCUCAUGAGAUGCGCCUGGUACCUUUCAUAGGCUUUUUUUUUGGAUGUGGUUUGAGUGUGGCUGAGGACACAGGGGCCCCAUGAUCCCCUAUUGCCCGGGGGCCCCAUGAGUUGUCAGUCCG